AUUAGAGACGAGCGGUCAGCAGAGCCUCAGCACCAGUCGUGGGAGCCUGGGAGCCUGGGAGCUUGGGAGCAGGAAGAUGUCGAAUGAACUUGAUUUCAGGUCUGUGCGGCUGCUAAAGAACGACUCAGUUAACUUCCAGAAGUUUCCCUAUGCUAGUGAAGAUGAAGCCUGGAAGACCUACCUGGAAAACCCCUUGACAGCCGCCACAAAGGCCAUGAUGAGGGUCAAUGGGGACGAUGACAGCGUUGCAGCCCUGAGCUUCCUCUACGAUUACUACAUGGGCCCCAAGGAGAAGCGGAUCCUGUCCUCCAGCACCGGGGGCCGGAACGACCAAGGAAAGAGGUACUACCACGGCAUGGAAUAUGAGAUGGAUCUCGCUCCCCUUGAAAGCCCCACGCACCUCAUGAAAUUCCUGACUGAGAACGUGUCUGGGACCCCAGAGUACCCAGAGCUGCUCAAGAAGAACAACCUGAUGAGCUUGGAGGGGGCCAUGCCCUCCCCUGGCAAGGCAGCUCCCCUGCCUGCAGGCCCCAGCAAGCUGGACGCUGGCUCUGUAGAUAGCUACCUGCUGCCCACCAGCGAUGUGUAUGAUAACGGCUCCCUCAACUCCUUGUUUGAGAGCAUCCAUGGGGCGCCACCCACACAGCGCUGGCAGCCAGACAGCACCUUCAAAGAUGACCCGCAAGAGUCGCUGCUCUUCCCAGACAUCUUGAAAACAUCCCCGGAACCCCCGUGUCCAGAGGACUAUCCUAGCCCCAAAAGUGACUUCGAGUAUACCCUGGGCUCCCCCAAAGCCAUCCACAUCAAGUCAGGCGAGUCGCCCAUGGCCUACCUCAACAAGGGCCAGUUCUACCCCGUCACCCUGCGGACCCCGGCUGGCGGCAAAGGCCUUGCCUUGUCCUCCAACAAAGUCAAGAGCGUGGUGAUGGUUGUCUUCGACAAUGAGAAGGUCCCAGUGGAGCAGCUGCGGUUCUGGAAGCACUGGCACUCACGGCAGCCCACAGCCAAGCAGCGGGUCAUCGACGUGGCUGAUUGCAAAGAAAACUUCAACACUGUGCAGCACAUCGAGGAGGUGGCCUAUAAUGCCCUGUCCUUUGUGUGGAACGUCAACGAGGAAGCCAAGGUAUUCAUCGGUGUCAACUGCCUGAGCACAGACUUCUCCUCGCAAAAGGGGGUGAAGGGUGUCCCCCUAAACCUGCAGAUCGACACAUAUGAUUGCGGCUCUGGAGCUGAGCACCUGGUGCACCGUGCUGUCUGCCAGAUCAAGAUCUUCUGUGACAAGGGAGCUGAGAGGAAAAUGCGGGAUGAUGAGCGGAAGCAGUUCCGGAGGAAGGCUAAGUGCCUGGACUCCAGCAACAGUGGCAUCAAGGGCUGCCUGCUGUCUGGCUUUCGGGGCAACGAGACCACCUACCUGCAGCCUGAGGCAGACCUGGAGACCCCACCAGUGCUGUUCAUCCCCAACGUGCACUUCUCCAGCCUGCAGCGCCCUGGGGGGGCAGCCCCCUCAGCAGGGCACAGCAGCUCCAACAGGCUGCCUGUGAAGCGCACCUGCUCACCCUUCACUGAGGAGUUUGAACCCCUGCCCUCCAAGCAGGCCAAGGAAGACGAUCUCCAGAGAGUUCUGUUGUACGUGCGGAGGGAGACUGAGGAGGUAUUUGACGCCCUCAUGCUGAAGACUCCAGACCUGAAGGGGCUGAGGAACGCGAUCUCUGAGAAGUAUGGGUUCCCCGAGGAGAACAUUUACAAAGUCUACAAGAAAUGCAAGCGGGGAAUCUUGGUCAACAUGGAUAACAACAUUAUUCAGCAUUACAGCAAUCACGUGGCCUUCCUGCUGGACAUGGGGGAGCUUGAUGGUAAGAUUCAGAUCAUCCUUAAGGAGCUGUAAGGCCUGAGCAGCCAAACUUUUGGACCUCUUGGUACAGGCUCCAGCCAGGGGCCAGCUGGAAAGUGGUCCCACACCACUCACAACCUCUCCACAUGCCUCAGUGCUGUUACUUGAAUGCCUUCCCUGAGGGAAGAAACCCUCUAGUCGCAAACCCACAGAUGUCAGAGCCAGAAGGGGACCUUGGAGGUCUCCUGAUCUGAACCCCCAUCUCAUGCUUGAAUCCACUCCCUGAACUUCUCACCAGUGCUGCCCACCCAGGGGCUCUGUCAUCUUGGUUAACGUGUACCCAGCCAACUGUUCCUCAAAAGACCAUUUCCUGCGGUAGCUCUCCAGCAGGCUCCCACCCAGAGGGUGACAGCAGACCCUCGCUUCCAGCAGAGCCAUGCUAGUGGCUCGACUCUUGUCCAGCCACCGCUCUUGAUGCUUCCAUCAACCUCAGACCAAGGAUUUCUCACCCUUGGUUCAGUUAACAUGAAAACUCGUUUUUCAAUGCAAAUGACUUUUAAAGACACCUACUGUGGAAACAAUCUCUUUCCUGCUCACUUCCUCAGUGCAACAUGUAAAUAAUAGAACUGGCCAUCUGGAACAAAAUGAUCGCUGUGUAAAACUGCUGUGUUCCCAUCCGCUGUUGUAUACAUUUCUUAUUUACAGUUUUCAUUUAUGUUAUAUAUAUAUAUAUAAAUAUAUAUUGUAUAUAUAUGCAACAUUUUAUAUUUUUCAUGGAUACAUUUUUAUCAUUUCAAAAAAUGUGUAUUACACAUUUC